AUGGGACAGCGCCCCGAUGGAGAAGAUCAGCUGUUGGUUCUCAGUAUCGAAUACGAGUCGAUCUGGAACACGUCGGCACAUUCAAAAUACGACAGCAUUCUCGAGUCGUACGACGUCUACCUACGCUUGGAAGAUACGUCCAAGGCGGCUUGUCGCAACUUCAAUGGCAUUGCUCGCCUUGCGCCCCCUCCAACUGACGACGAUUGGAUCAGAGGUGGAGAUUCAGAGGCGGACCUGACCGGUGUGAACCAGCCUGACCGUACCGGCGCCUGUCGAGGCCAAUCACUUAUCCACGCCGUGCAGGAUGACAGUACUAUCACACGACGAGGAGCGGACACGUUCCGCAACCGGAUCCUCGCAGGCAUCCAUCCUACACGUCGCGCCCAGCGGGUUGAGUUUCUGUCUCGAAUUCCAUGCGUUACCCUCCUCAUUCAUGGCGCCCCCGGGUGCGGUAAAUCUGAGCAACUUGCUGGUUGUAUCACCCUCUGUGUGCCGCAAAACAUGCCUGUCCUCCUCACGGCGUCACGGCAUGAAGCAUUCGAUGCUUGCCUCAGGAAGGUCGAGGUUCUGGUGAAGACGAGCGGUCUCGACUACACCAUCGUCUGUGCCUUUGACGCGGCAGAAGACAAGCAGGCUUGCAAGCGCGUCUUCCGAUGUCGCAAUGAAUGGCGCAAUGCUGAGUUCAGAGUGCGGUCGAAAUGGUGCCCACACCUGUCUUUCGCGUUCUGGGUGCAUACCAUCUCGGGAUGGAGUCUUCUCCCUGGACGGAUCGGUGUCUGGACGCCACAACUUCACCACAGUGCUUCCGCGAUGCGCAGCAUUUUCCAUCUGGACCAGUGCAUUGACCAUGUCUACUCGUCUGCGCUGCUGGUUGCGGUGACACCAUACGCCGCACUUGGCAAGAUGGCGAAGUGGUUCACCCGGAAUCGCGCUUCCGUCCUCGCUGUCGACGAGGCUGCUGCGAUCGAUGAGGCCCACGUCCUCCAGUGUGUCUACAACCAGUCUGUCUUCCUCUUCGCCUUCGACCCACAGCAACUGCCGACAUUCAGUGCGUCGAAGACAUCACCCAUGGUGCCCCGAGUCAACACAUACGAGGACCAGUAUGUUUCCUCCCUUGCGGAGCAUUUGGGCCAUGGACAAAGGGGGCUCGCCGCCACCACCUGGCAGAUACUGGCCGGUUUUCGUGGACAUCCCCCCAAGUGUGAAAAGCUGUCAGACUCGAAGUCUUCAGUCAACAAGGGCAUGUGGAAGAUCUUCUUCGAAAAGGACCUCUGGCCGGACUUCCUGUCGCCAAGUGCGGGAUUUCAUGUCGACUGGGACAGACUGUGCAUCCUGACACCGUACCGAGCCAUGACGAACUACCACCAAGAUUUCCUGCACGAGCGAGGUCUUGACCUCACAACAGACACAGUCCCAUUCGAGCAAGGCGAUGGUGUCGCUGACCAAAGCCAUGAUGGGAACCUGGCUGGAGACAUGGGUGCCUUGGUCGUGGCAGGAGAGGUCGACGAUAACGAUGGCCCAGAUGGAGCAGAGCCGACAAUUCGGACCCACAACCCUAUGGGCCUAGAUUGUGCUACCAUUGACUUGUACCAGGGCCAGGAGAAGGACCUCGUGUUACUCUUCAGCACCGUGUCCGCCUCGUCUGGCCCUAAGUUUGUUGCGAACUCGAACCGUCUGUGUGUCACGUUCACGAGGAUGAGGCAGGGUCUGAUCGUGGUCGGCGAUCAGGGUACUCAUACCAAGAAGAGGAUGGAGGUGCAUCUGAGCCAUGUUUCCAGUUUCCCCCCCGAGGAGGACGACCACCUCUCCAAGGAGGUUAGGAAGAUCCACCUUGAAGCAGUCGACAACGACAAUUUCACCACCUCGGUCUACGGCUCCAAGUUUGCCGCCCAGGAUCUCCCCCGUUACGAGAUUCCUGAUGGCGAAAUGCCCCGCGAGGCAGCUUACAGGCUUAUAAAGGACGAGCUGUCGUUGGAUGGAAAUCCUAUGCUCAAUCUCGCCUCAUUCGUCACCACCUAUAUGGAGGACGAGGCCGAGAAGCUCAUGAGUGACGCACUCUCCAAGAACUUCAUCGACUACGAGGAGUACCCAAAGACAGCCGAAAUGCAGAACCGGUGUGUCAAUAUGAUCGGAAACCUCUUCCACGCUCCAAUUGGCGAGGGUGCUGGUGCUGUCGGUACCAGCUGCGUCGGCUCGUCCGAGGCCAUUAUACUGGGUGUCCUGGCCAUGAAGAGACGCUGGAAGAACAAGCGCAAGGCCGAGGGAAAGUCGACCGAGAACCCCAAUAUCGUCAUGAACUCGGCCGUCCAGGCCACCAGAUACCUCGAAAUAGAUGAAAGACUAGUCUACUGUACUGAGGAUCGAUAUGUGAUCGACCCCAAGCAGGCUGUUGAUCUAGUCGACGAGAACACGAUCGGUAUCUGCUGCAUCCUCGGAACCACCUACACAGGCGAGUAUGAGGAUGUCAAGGCCGUCAAUGACCUGCUGGUUGAGCGUGGCUUGGACACACCCAUCCACGUUGAUGCAGCCAGUGGUGGCUUCGUGGCUCCAUUCGUGAACCCGGACCUUGUGUGGGAUUUCCGUUUGCCCAGAGUGGUCUCGAUCAACGUCUCAGGACACAAGUACGGGCUUGUAUAUCCAGGUGUUGGUUGGGUCGUCUGGCGGGAUGCCGAGCACUUGCCCCAGGAACUGGUGUUCAACAUCAACUACCUCGGUGCCGACCAGAGUUCCUUCACGCUCAACUUCUCCAAAGGAGCUUCACAGUACCAACUGAUUCGACUGGGCAAGAAAGGCUACACCCAAAUCAUGAGGAACCUUACCCUGACCGCAGAUUAUCUCUCCGACUCCCUGGAGGCCUUAGGGUUCAUAAUCAUGUCGCAGAAAAAUGGAGACGGUCUUCCGCUAGUGGCCUUCCGCCUGGAUCCAGAUUCUGAAUCAGAGAGGUCAUACGACGAAUUUGCACUGGCACAUCAGCUUCGAGUGCGCUCAUGGAUCGUGCCGGCAUACACAAUGGCUCCGAAGACUGAGAAUUUCAAGAUGCUCCGUGUGGUGGUGAGGGAGGACUUUACCCGAAGCCGAUGCGAGGCGCUCAUCACAGAUGUCAAACUGUGCAUGCAACUCCUGGAGAAGAUGGACAAGGAUGCUGUGAAGCGUCAACAGGACUUCAUUAACAAGCACCACCUCCACAGUGGAAAGGCGACUCAUAACCAUCCCAAGUACAAGAAUGAGAAGCACUCUUUGCAGGGAAAGACGGGGAAGACCCAUGCAGUCUGCUAG